AUUAUGUUGUCCUUCAGUCAUCUGUUUUGUUGACCUUGCCUUCUAUUGCAAUAGCCUUGUGUUUCCAAGUCAUUUGGCAUUGAAUGAACUUCAGAUUCCUGAUAACAGAUAUCUGAUGACAUUUGAUACAUCAACCCUGCCUGUGCAUCAGACUGACAGUUUAAGAAAAUGUUGCUUUUGCCAAAGAAGUUAUUAGAAAUAUAAUAUAAUAUAAUAACUUAAUUUUCCAUCCCACUUCUGACACUACUAGGAAAUGCCAACAAUGACAAAUACAUUAAUGGAUUGUUUGAGGUUCUGGAACAUUAUAGAGUUGUGCAUCAUGUGUGUCCUACAAGCAAACUAUAGACAGGCACACAUUUGAAUACACAUACGCGUGUCUGUAUCUUGCCUCAUUUGCUUAACAAAUUUGACAUCAUGUCACAUUUCCUGGUCAGUGAUAGCGAACUGAAUACUUAUUUGUUGAUUUUUUUUCUCUCAGUUUAGAGUGUGGACAAAACGUUUAUCGAAAUAAUCCUCCUUCAUCACCAAACUGUUAAUUGAGCAAUGUGCAUUACAACUGCAGUUUCAUUACUGCCUAUAGGGUCCAUCUAUUCUCAGAGAUUAAAACCAGAAUGAUCAGUGACAGACCAUUCAAUCAAAACCACAGGCCACUGAAUAAAUCCAAAGAAAGAACAAUUUAAUUGAUUGAUAAAAUAAGAAUAGAUUGUUGGUUAAAACAAAGCUUAAUUAAAAACAGCCCCAUAUGGUAAUUAGUUGGCUAUGCUUUGCAUUAGAAAGGUUUUGUUGGCUUGGCUAUCAUGCAAUAAUAGUACAUUGAUUUCAACUUCUCUUUCGCCUUGGCCUGGGUGCGCUAAAACUGUUGGACAUUCAAGACAGGCAUGUAUUCACACGAUCUAAAAAUAGCAUUGUAAAAUACGAACUCAUACUGUGUAGACUAGACUGUAGGCUGAAAACUGCAUCGAUAGCUUCUGUAUUGUUAUUAUUCGCGUAGCUUGAGGCAAAUGAAUAAGUAAUAGACUCCGAUUAAUUGAUAGAGAUCAUACAUCAACUUCAAUCCGUUUUUAUCUGAGCAGUUAUCAAUUGGAAAUGUCAAACCAACCCUGAUUAAGCGGAAAUUAGAACAUGCCAGAAUAAGGUGGGGAAAGUAUUGAUUAACAAUGGCGAAGUUAACAACAUAGCAACCUAUUGGAAAUUAGUUCACUCCGUUUCAUGCAAGGAGAAACUCGUGGGGAGUAAAGCAAGAAAAUAAUUGUAUUCUAUUCAUUUGCUGGCAAGAGUUUUGGAAGAAAAAUGAUACAACAGAUAUUAUCGUCACUCCUGGUCUUUAUUCUUUGUGUGCCACAUUGUCAUGGGGGCUGUGCAGAGGUGGACUCCAUGACAGAGGCGGUGGCCGGGGAGAGCUUCCUCAUGGGCUGCAUCUCCUGUAAGAGGAGAGAGGAGGUCCAGGCCCAAACCACGGUUGACUGGCACUUCAGAGCCACAGGAGAGGAGGAGUAUAUCCACAUCUUUCACUAUGACCACCCACACCCCAACACCCUCCACGAGGAAUUUAAUGACCGGCUAGAGUGGCAAGGAACAAUGGGGAGUAAGGAUGUACAGAUAGGAGCCAUCUUCAUUCACAACGUCACGUUUAAUGACACAGGCACCUACCGCUGCACCUUCCAGCGCACCCUCUUCCUCCCAUUGGAUAAUGAAUAUAUCACAGUGGAAAAGGAGGUGGAGCUUACUGUGGUGGCCGAAGCCAAUCGGGAGCUGUUGUCGGUGGUGUCAGAGAUCAUGAUGUACGUGCUAAUUGUGGUGCUGCAGCUGUGGAUGAUCGUGGUGCUGAUCCACUGCUACAACAAGAUCUGGGCUGAACAUGAGGCACGGGAUGCCCGCAAAGCCCUGAGGGCCCAAAAACUGGCCCUAAUAAAAGAACCUUUAGACUCAAAGGACAAUUGUGACGGAGUGCUUCUGGAGUGACUUGUUUCAGUAAACAUCAAAGGUGGAGAACUCUGUCACAAGCAACUGUUACCACUACACUACAAGGCUAUUAUAUCAUAGAAAUAUAAUUUGAAUGUCUUAGCAUAGUGUGUAACACAUGCAGUUUACAAUGUACUUGAUUUACUGUACGAGGUAGUUGCAGCUGGUGUGAGUGGUGAUUAGAUUAACAGGUGGUGCCGAAUAGCCUUAGUGUGUCAGCUCAAAAGAGAAUGUCAUCACGUGAUGGAUCAACAGUUCUGACACAGCUCUGAUUACAGAUGGUUCCACCUGAGCUACAUAGAAAGCUUUGGCAGGAACAACCGUGCAUCUACAUAGGUCUCAUCUGCAACCAUAUUAUUACAGAUUUUUUUAAAUCGCUAUUUUCACAAGUAUGUGGUACAUUUUCACAACUCUUAGAACAAAAUACCAAACUGGUCACACUUGUAAUGCAGCAAGUCUUUCAUUCAAAACCUGUCAUUGUCCAUUCAUUUGGAUUAUAAACAUCUCUCACCA